CUCCUCUUCAGGAGGAUAAAUAGAAGCUGUACAUGAGUUUAAUCUGUGUCUGUGUCUGCAGCAGUGAACAACAUGGUGCGCUCUGUCCUCUGCCUCCUGACUGUGGCCCUGGCCUUUGUGCCUCUGCUCUCUGCUGUGGAAGUGCAUUCAGAGAAACCUGGAUUCUGUCCCAAGCCCAAGAGAAACUUGCCAGACCCCAUUUGUCUGAGUCAGUGCUCCAGAGACAGUGACUGUGAGAGAAACCUGAAGUGCUGCUUCGACGGCUGUGGAUAUGUUUGUAAAUGGCCAACAGGUGGGCAUAAGCCUAUAAGAAAAACAGGAUUGUGCCCUAGUCCAGGUGAUUAUGGGAUCUGUGAUCAUGCAUGCUCCUCUGACCAAGACUGCAAGGGGGACGAUAAAUGCUGCCCCACCACCUGCGGGACAAUCUGUGAACCAGUCAUAAAACUCAAACCAGGAGCCAGUCCCGUGUAGACCUGCUUGUCAUGUCAGAAGAGCUGGGGUUAAAGAAUCUCAUGAGAAUUGUGCAGAUACAUUAACUUUAUCAAGAUGAACAGCAUGAAGCUGUUGCAGUAAAAUGUUGAUGCAUACUUUGUGCUCCCUGUUUGUUUAAUAAAAAUUACAUCUUAACACGG